CAAUGAAGUGAACCACAUCUCAACCCCAUCGUGACUCAUCUUUAGCUUCAGCUACGUCUACGUGUUGGACGAUAUACAGCGCCUCUUUUGGAACCCUAAUUUCCACCAUAUCUCAAUAAUCAAAAUCCCUUUCACUCCGUAUUCCCUCUCAGGUUUAAAAUUAUUGUCUGAAAUGGCAUCAGUCUCUACUCAACCACAGUUCCGUUACACACAGCCACCAUCAAAGGUGCUUCAUUUGAGAAACUUGCCAUGGGAGUGUAUAGAAGAGGAGCUUAUUGAACUUGGGAAGCCAUUUGGUAAAGUUGUGAACACCAAGUGCAAUGUUGGAGCAAAUCGAAAUCAAGCUUUUAUUGAAUUUGCAGAUAUAAAUCAAGCCAUUGCAAUGAUAUCAUAUUAUGCCUCAUCAUCAGAGCCUGCUCAAGUACGGGGGAAAACUGUGUAUCUGCAAUAUUCUAAUAGACAAGAAAUAGUGAAUAAUAAAACUGCUGCAGAUGUUGCUGGAAAUGUACUGUUGGUAACAAUUGAGGGUGCAGAUGCACGCCUCGUGAGCAUAGAUGUUUUGCACUUGGUUUUUUCAGCCUUUGGGUUUGUGCAUAAGAUUACUACUUUUGAGAAGACAGCUGGAUUCCAGGCGCUGGUGCAAUUCUCAGAUGCAGAAACUGCUACUUCUGCAAAGGAUGCUUUGGAUGGAAGAAGCAUACCUAGCUACCUGCUUGCUGGGCAUGUGGGACCAUGUACCCUUAAGAUCACAUAUUCCGGGCAUUCAGACUUAAGUGUCAAGUUUCAAAGUCACAGAAGCAGAGACUACACAAAUCCUUACCUUCCUGUUGCUCAAUCUGCUAUGGAAGGAAACGGGCAGUCCGUGAUGGGUUUGGAUGGGAAGAGACUGGAGGCUGAGAGUAAUGUACUUCUUGCAUCAAUUGAGAACAUGCAGUAUGCUGUUACCUUGGAUGUCUUGCACAUGGUUUUCUCUGCUUUUGGACCCAUUCAAAAGAUUGCAAUGUUUGAUAAGAAUGGCGGUUUACAGGCUCUGAUUCAAUAUCCAGAUAUUCAAACAGCCAUUGUGGCCAAGGAAGCCUUGGAAGGACACUGCAUUUAUGACGGGGGAUUUUGCAAGCUUCAUCUCUCCUAUUCACGUCAUACUGAUCUGAGUAUAAAGGUCAAUAAUGACAGAAGCAGAGACUAUACCAUUCCUAAUCCACCACCACCCAUUAUGAACACUCAGCCCUCUAUUUCAGGGCAACAACAAGCUCCCAUGAAUGGGCCUCCUCCUCAACAGUACAAUACAUCUCAAUACGCUCCAAUGAACAACCAGAAUUUUAUACCUCAAUCUCAGGCUGGAUGGGGAACAGCUCCACCAGCAGGACCGCAGGGUAUGCAACGGAUGCAUAAUAACCCUUACAUCCCACCUGGUACGAUGCCACCACAAGCUGGCCCUGGAAUGAUGCAGUAUCCCGGUCACAUUCAAUAGCCUUGCCCUUUCGCUUUGAAUAAACCAAACAUUGGUUACGUUCAGCACGCACGAUGGUAGAAAUGAGGGCUGUCUUAAAAAUUAUGGGUUCUUGUAUUUGAUUAUCUGAUUCUGAAUAUCAGCUUGUUUCAACCAUAGUUAAUUUUUAAAUUUUUGAAUGUAAGCAAUUUUUUUGAAGAAUUUGUAGUUGGUACGUAUGUGAAAACUAAAAAAUUUAUUUAUUUGGUCUUCAUGGUUUCUAUUGACUUCUCGGAAAAAAA